AUGCGUUUCUCAUCCAUCAUAAGCCUUGCAGCUCUUGCAAUCAGUCAUGGAGAUGCUGCCGGUAGCUAUGUCAAGUCCAUGUCGCCGAAUGCGCAACAGCUCUUCACUGAGUCGAUGGAAUGGAUGGAUACCUUCUACGAUAAGAAGGCAGGUUACCUGUACGACUUUAGCGCCUCGGUAGCUCUCCGCCAUGAGACACGCAGCUCAGUCUGGUAUGCCUUUGGUCUUUUGGCAAGAAACGAGGGGUCAGACGCCGCCGAGGCUGAGAAGAUCAUCAAAAACACCAUUGAUGCUCAGUACAAGGUCCCUGCUGAUGAAUGGUAUGGAGACUAUCAACAGGAGCCUGAAGAGCCAUACGUUGGCAGCCCAGCUUACCCUCCCAAGAUCUACGGUAGCUGGGACCCCAACUGGCGCGGUUUCGUUGGUACGACCUUGGUCAUGUGUAUGGAAGAGUUUCCUCACUUGCUCAGCAAGAGCACCCAGAACCUGAUUCUACACUCCCUGCAUAACGCGACUAAGGGCGACGAGUACCGUUUCGGACACCUCGACAAGACGAAGGACAACCUUUACCCCUCCUACAGUAACCCUUCUAUCAUGCGUGCCUUUGUUUCUGGUUGGACCGGCCGUCGUCUCAAUGACCGAAACAUGACUGUAGGUGGCGAGAAGUACGCUCAAGAGAUCAUCGAUCUCUUCAACAAACACAACACCCUCUCCGAAUUCAACUCAGGAACCUACACCGGCGUGUCUCUUUUCGGUCUCAUCUUGUGGAGCAAGUACUUGCCCAAGGACUCAGUUAUGACUAAGAACGGGCCACGAAUGGUUGAGAGCACCUGGGAUGCUGUUUCCCAGCUGUGGCAUCCAGGUAUGAAGAACAUAGCUGGUCCCUGGGAUCGAGCUUAUGGUUAUGAUAUGAACCGCUACCUCAGCUUAAUGGCUUUGUGGUUCUGGACUUUGACUGGAAAGGAGAGCUCCUCCCUGUCUUCUCAUCCUCAAGUCAUGUCGCACAUGGCUGAUUACGCAUGGGCGCCUCUUUUCGCCGCUCUCGACAAGACACAUCAGAAACUCAUCCCGAAGAAGACACUCCGCAAACUCUCAAAGUUCCAAGGCGAGCAUACAUUUACAGGAAGCGCUUACUAUCCUCCUUUCGAUACUGCAUCGCGUAACAUUACUACCUGGCUAUCCGAGGAUCUUACUAUCGGCGCCGAGUCCUAUGAUGAGAUUGUUAUUGGCGGUCCAUCUCAGUCUCAGGAGUCUUUCAACCCUGCAGUGGUGCAGUGGAAUACUGGAAACGAGAUCUCAUUCAUUUCUUUAUACCCAACCGAGAUGGCUCUCCAGUCCCGCGUGAAACCCGGCAAGCUCAGUUUAUCAUACCCCUACGGCAACGCCAGUUCUGUCUUCACCUUUGUCGUCGGCACCUUUGAGAAGAAGCGUACUGUCGCUAGCUGGGCCGACAUUCAAGGUCUGGAGGUAAAGGUUUCUGGCAACGUCAACUCGACAUAUGCCCUUUCUUUUGCUGGCGGCUACGGUGGAUCUGACACUCUGAUUCGGGAUUUUGAAUUCUGGAACUUCACGUACACGAUGCCUUCCGACUUUCAGGGCGUGCCUUCUGUCGAGCUUGAUUUCAAGCUCAUUUAG